AUGGCUAGUGUGUCAUCGGUUGAUGUGGGAGUUUUGUUUCUCAUCGUGGUGACAGCAUCUUUGGCAAACGGUUUCUCAUCUAGCAAAGAUGUGAGCCAGAGGCUGGAGAUGGAAGCGGUCAAGCUUAGCACGCUCCUGCCCGGUGGUAUGGAUGACCUUGGCGGCGGUGCUUCUGAGAGUGAGGUGAAGCCCUGCUCUACAUGUGACCCGCCAGGGGCCCGGAGGCGUGUGAAGAGAUGCACGUGUUACACUUACAAAGACAAGGAGUGUGUGUAUUACUGCCACCUGGACAUCAUCUGGAUCAACACACCAGAGCACACUGUACCAUAUGGUAUGUCCAGUUACCAGGGUUCCCUGCGUAUGACGCGUUCCGCUGGGACUAAGCGGGACAGGAGGGGGGCGGAGGCCCGGCGUUGUGUGUGUGCACUGCAGACUGACUCUGCCUGCAGCAGCUUCUGCAUUGACAGCAGGCAGAGGAGACCGCCCCUGGCAACGCCUAAAAUAUAAGAGGACAGCAACUCUGCACAGUGGACCUGCUAUGAAAUGAACAUACAUUAUAGUGACAUGCUCAUAAUCUGAAAGGUGGACAAACGUUGGAAGGCAUCCCCUUAUUUGGAAAAGAAGCAUGAACAUUAUAUCUACAUUUGUGUAGAUGGACAUGUGUUUUUAGUGUGCUCAGUGCCUUUUCAUCAGACUGAUGGAUGAUUAACCGCCAAGCUGCUUGCACAAAAACUGAGGCCGUGGAGUACCAGUUGGGAUGCUAAAGGAAUGCGUGCCACCCUCCACUCCCCACCCCUCCUCAGCACUCUCUGCCUGUGUCUGUUUGGCAGGUGUGGACUAUGUUUUUCAUUAUCCUGCCACCUCUCUGAGGACGGUUAACACGGCCAGUUUGUGUCAACCAUGAAAGACUUUGGCAGAGCGAGUUCCUCACACAUGUCCAUGCCGCGUGAUAUUGAGGCCACUGCAAGAGCUGCUGCCAUUCGACUCCAUAACCUCAACCCAUAUCGUUAAAACAUCAUCACAAGAAACGUAUCACGUAGCCGUGUGUUCUCCACAGGGAAAACAUGUAACCUGCCUCUCUACGUCAGCAAGCCAUCACGGCCUAUAACUCAGCAUUAUUUGAAAAAAUUCUGAAUUUGUCACAGAAGUUAUUAUUUUGGUUAUUAGGUUGUUCCCUCAUAAAUGGAGCUAGUUUCAGCAAUUGUUUAAAGCAUGAAAAUCUCAACAUUUCAGUGAAUUACUUUACUUUUUCCUGGUAUUUUUGGAGGUUAAAGGAACUGGAAGCAAAAAUCAGCAAAUCCUUACUUUUCUAAUUUUACAAUAUUUCUUCUAUUAAGCUAUUAUAAGUCUUGUGUAUAUGAAAUGUGUUUCAAUAUAUAUAUAGGCUA